CUAAAAUUAGUUGGCGUCGCUUUUAGAUUAUUUCCGUGUAUUGCAUUUUUUGUAAUAACUAUUAAAUUCUCAAACUAUAUUAUAAAAACCACUCGAAAUGGCUGAUGCUGCGGCUAGGCAGCUUCAGUAUGAAUACAAAGCGAACUCCAAUCUUGUCCUUCAAGCUGAUGUGCGUUUGAUAGAACGGAGAAGUCGUGAUGAGGCAACAGGUGAGGUUAUGUCCCUUGUGGGCCGCUUGGACGGCACCCGCAUGGGAGACAGGUUCCAGCGCACUAAGCCGGUCAAAGCAGAGGAAAGAAAAGUCAAACGUCAAAAGCGUGAUGAAGCGCAGUAUGAUUUCGCUCGCAUGAAGGGAGCCACUCUACUCUCUGAGGGAGUCGAUGAAAUGGUCGGCAUUCUUUAUCGACCUAAAACACAGGAAACUCGCCAGACAUACGAAGUGUUGCUCAGUUUCAUACAGGAAGCUCUUGGGGACCAGCCUCGUGAUAUCCUGUGUGGAGCUGCUGAUGAGGUGUUGGCUGUGUUGAAAAAUGACAGACUGAAGGAAAGAGAGAAGAAAGUAGAGACGGAGUCACUUCUAGGUGGUCUGGCUGAGGAGAGGUUUGCCCUGCUCGUUAAUCUCGGCAAGAAGAUCACCGAUUUUGGCACUGAGGAGAAAGUCAAUGCAGCUGAGGAAAAUAUUGAUGAGACGUAUGGCAUCAACGUGCAGUUUGAAGAAUCGGAAGAAGAGGACGAUGAAGAUAUGUAUGGUGAAGUGAGAGAGGGGGAAGAAAUGGAAGAGGAGGGAGAAGAAGCUAAACUGAAUACUGCCAUUCACGCCGAAAAUCUGGGAGGCGGUGAAGAGACGAAGAAAGAGAAAGCGCUGCACGCACUGGACAUAGACGCGUACUGGCUGCAACGGCGACUGUCCAAGUUCUACGACGACGCGAUGGUGUCGCAGGCGCGUGCGGCCGAGGUGCUGCAGGUGCUGAGGGAUGCCGGCGACGACCGCGACUGCGAGAAUCAGCUGGUGCUGUUGCUCGGUUACGACUGCUUCGACUUUAUCAAACUGCUCAAGAAGCAUCGACAGAUGAUCCUGUACUGCACCCUGCUGGCCUCCUCACAGAGCGAGGUGGAACGGCAGAAGCUUUUGGAGGAGAUGAACGCGGAUGUGGCGUUGUCACGCAUUCUACGUCAGCUGGAGACCGGGAAAGGAGACGAGGAAGGAGGUGGCGCUGGGGGCAGAGAUGAGGAAGGAGGCAGCACGUCUGUGAGGGCGGCCAGGAGGAAGGAGGCAGCUGGAGGUGGAGGUGGAGGCGGAGGGGAGAUUGGAGGAGGCUCUGGUGGUCAGGUGGCCGGAUCAAGGCAGGUGCUGGACCUGGAGGAUCUGGUGUUUGCGCAGGGAUCACAUUUUAUGUCCAACAAAAGGUGUCAACUGCCCGAUGGGUCAUACCGGAAGCAACGUAAAGGCUACGAAGAAGUGCACGUGCCCGCUCUGAAACCGAAACCAUACGGCGAUGAUGAGACCCUGGUGCCGAUUGAGAAGCUGCCCAAAUACGUGCAGCCGGCCUUCGACGACUUCAAAACGCUCAACCGCAUUCAGAGUCGGCUCUACAAGACAGCACUCGAGUCUGACGAAAAUCUACUGUUGUGUGCGCCUACUGGAGCCGGUAAGACAAACGUAGCCUUGCUGUGCAUGUUGCGUGAGAUUGGCAAGCACAUUAAUGCAGACGGCACCAUCAACGCAGACGAGUUCAAGGUCAUCUAUGUGGCGCCCAUGCGGUCCCUCGUACAGGAAAUGGUGGGCAGUUUCGGUAAGCGACUGAGCAGCUACAACCUGACAGUGUCCGAAUUGACGGGUGACCAUCAGCUGACGCGCGAGCAGAUUCAGGCGACGCAGGUGAUUGUGUGCACUCCUGAGAAGUGGGACAUCAUCACAAGGAAAGGUGGAGAGAAGACUUUCACACAGCUAGUGCGGCUUGUCAUUAUUGAUGAAAUCCAUCUUCUGCACGACGAGCGAGGUCCAGUGCUGGAAGCUCUGGUGGCGCGGACCAUCCGCAACAUAGAGACGACCCAGGAGGACGUGAGGUUGGUGGGACUCAGUGCUACACUGCCCAACUACCAGGAUGUCGCUACUCUGCUGCGUAUCAAGCCUGACUCGGGACUAUUCUACUUUGACAAUAGUUUUAGACCGGUAGCCCUGGAGCAGCAGUAUAUUGGAGUGACUGAGAAGAAGGCAUUGAAAAGAUUCCAGGUCAUGAAUGAAAUCGUUUAUGAAAAAGUCAUGGAACACGCUGGCAGGAAUCAAGUUCUAGUAUUUGUUCAUUCUCGUAAAGAAACAGGAAAAACUGCACGGGCAAUUCGAGAUAUGUGCUUGGAGAAGGACACUCUGGGUCAAUUUCUAAGGGAAGGAUCAGCAUCUAUGGAAGUAUUGAGAACUGAAGCCGAACAAGUCAAGAACCAAGAGUUGAAGGAUUUGUUGCCAUAUGGAUUUGCCAUCCAUCAUGCUGGUAUGACAAGAGUAGACCGUACACUUGUUGAGGAUCUGUUUGCUGACAGACAUAUACAGUUGAGAAUUAACCUAUUUCGGACUACCACCCUGGCGUGGGGUGUGAAUCUGCCCGCUCACACUGUUAUUAUCAAGGGAACGCAGAUCUACAAUCCAGAAAAGGGACGCUGGGUCGAAUUAAGUGCGCUAGAUGUACUACAGAUGUUGGGACGAGCCGGUCGACCCCAGUACGACACCAAGGGCGAGGGCAUCCUGAUCACCAAUCACAGUGAACUGCAGUACUACCUGUCUCUACUCAAUCAGCAACUGCCCAUUGAGUCGCAGAUGAUCACUAAACUGCCAGACAUGCUGAAUGCCGAAAUUGUGCUCGGAUCCAUACAGAAUGUGCGCGAUGCCGUCAUAUGGCUCGGGUACACUUAUCUCUAUAUCAGAAUGUUGAGGUCUCCCAGCCUGUACGCUAUAUCGGCGGACAAACUGAAGGAAGACCCGCUGUUAGAGCAGCACAGGGCGGAUGUCAUCCACACGGCAGCUUUGCACUUGGAACGCAGCGGACUCAUCAAGUACGAUCGCAAAACUGGACACUUUCAGGUGACGGAAUUAGGUAGAAUCUCCAGUCAUUACUAUUGCACACACGACAGUAUGGCGACCUACAAUCAACUGUUGAAGCCAACACUUAGUGAAAUUGAACUUUUCAGAGUGUUCUCUCUGUCGUCUGAAUUCAAAAAUAUCACUGUCCGUGAAGAAGAGAAGUUGGAGUUGCAAAAACUAAUGGAACGAGUGCCAAUUCCAAUCAAGAUGUUGAAACUCCUCGUGUUAUUCAGAUGCUGGGCGCAGCUGGCUGACAAAGCACUCGCAUUGUGCAAAAUGGUGGACCGACGUAUGUGGCAGUCUAUGUCACCGCUGCGUCAGUUCCGGAAAAUGCCCGAGGAAAUUGUCAAGAAAAUCGAGAAGAAGAAUUUUCCCUGGGAAAGAUUGUAUGACCUUGGACCAAAUGAAAUUGGAGAGCUGAUUCGUGUUCCGAAAUUGGGUAAAACUAUUCACAAGUAUGUUCAUCAGUUUCCCAAGCUGGAACUGUCCACUCACAUACAGCCCAUUACUAGAUCAACGUUGCGUGUCGAACUGACCAUAACGCCAGACUUCCAGUGGGACGAGAAGCUGCACGGCGCUUCGGAGGCGUUCUGGAUUAUGGUGGAAGACGUCGACUCGGAAGUGAUCCUCCAUCACGAGUACUUCCUGUUGAAGGCCAAGUUCUGUCAGGACGAGCAUCUUGUCAAGUUUUUCGUGCCCGUGUUCGAGCCUCUGCCGCCGCAGUAUUUUUUGAGAAUUGUGUCAGACCGAUGGAUAGGCGCCGAAACACAACUGCCAGUGUCCUUCAGACAUUUGAUUCUACCCGAAAAGAAUCUGCCGCCAACUGAGUUACUAGAUCUGCAACCACUUCCGGUAACGGCUCUGCGAAAUACUCUGUUCGAAUCGAUCUACAGCCAAACAUUCCCUCAGUUCAACCCGAUUCAGACCCAAGUGUUCAACGCUGUCUACAACAGUGAUGACAAUGUAUUUAUCGGCGCUCCCACUGGCUCAGGAAAAACUACAAUUGCCGAGUUUGCAGUGCUAAGAAUGUUGUCGCAGUACCCGGAAGGUAGAUGCGUUUACCUGGUACCGAAAGAGUCUCUGGCGGAGAUAGUCUACAGUGAUUGGCAUCACAAGUUUGGUACUACCUUGGCCAAGAAAGUUAUCCUCCUCACGGGAGAGACUGGAACUGAUUUGAAGCUUCUAGCCAAGGGUCAGAUCAUCAUCUGCACGGCUGAGAAAUGGGACGUGUUGUCCAGGCGAUGGAAACAGAGAAAGAAUGUGCAGAAUGUCCAGUUGUUCAUUGUUGACGAAUUACAGCUGAUCGGUGGCGAAGACGGUCCCGUGCUGGAGGUGGUGUGUUCGCGCAUGCGCUACAUUUCGUCGCAGCUGGAGCGCCAGGUGCGCAUAGUGGCGCUGUCCUCGUCGCUGGGCGAUGCGCGCGACGCCGCUCAGUGGCUCGGCUGCUCGCCAAACGCCACCUUCAACUUCCAUCCCAGUGUCAGGCCGAUACCGCUCGAGCUGCAUGUACAGGGCUUUAACAUCACGCACAACGCAUCUCGUCUGAUCGCAAUGGCCAAGCCGGUCUACAACGCCAUCGUGAAGCACAGUCCCCACCGGCCGGCCAUUGUGUUUGUGCCCUCCCGCAAGCAGGCGCGGCUCACCGCCAUCGAUCUGCUCACCUAUGCGGCCGCCGAAGGUCAACCCAACCGCUUCUUCCACGCCGAGGAGGACGAUAUCAAACCGUUCUUGGACAGGAUGACUGAUAAGACACUGAAGGAGACCCUGUCGCAAGGCGUGACCUAUAUCCAUUCGGGGCUAUCGGCCAGCGACCACCGAUUGGUCGAACAGCUGUUCGACUCGGGCGCAGUGCAAGUGGCCGUUGUCACGCGCAACCUCUGCUGGCGACUCAAUAUAUGCGCGCAUCUUGUCGUCAUCAUGGACACGCAGUACUACAACGGAAAGAUACAUGCGUAUGAAGACUACCCCAUUACCGAUGUUUUGCAAAUGGUUGGUAGAGCCAACAGGCCACUGGAAGACGAUGAUGCCAAAUGCGUUCUCAUGUGCCAGAGCUCCAAAAAGGACUUCUUCAAAAAGUUCCUGAAUGAGUCGCUACCAGUCGAGAGUCACUUGGACCACCGUCUGCACGACCAUUUCAACGCGGAGAUCGUGACGAAAACCAUUGAGAACAAACAGGACGCAGUCGACUACCUGACGUGGACGUUCCUGUACCGACGCCUCACGCAGAACCCCAACUACUACAAUUUGCAGGGAGUCACGCAUCGUCACCUCUCCGAUCAUCUGUCCGAACUGGUCGAGAACACACUGCAGGAUUUGGAGCAUUCCAAGUGUAUAAGUGUUGAAGAAGAGAUGGACUGCCAGCCUCUGAACCUGGGCAUGAUUGCUGCCUACUACUAUAUCAACUACACCACUAUUGAACUGUUCUCGCUGUCGCUAAACAACAAGACGAAGAUCCGCGGCCUGCUGGAGAUCAUCUCGUCGGCGGCCGAAUACGAGUCGGUUCCGGUGCGUCACCGGGAGGACGCCGUUCUGCGCUCGCUGGCGGCCAGGCUGCCCAACAAACUGCAGGGCACUCCACGCUACAACGAUCCGCAUGUCAAGGUCAACCUGUUGCUGCAGGCGCAUCUCAGUCGGCUGCAACUGGGUGCAGAGCUGCAGGGGGACACUGAGAUGAUUCUCGGCAAGGCGAUUCGGCUGAUACAAGCAUGCGUGGACGUGCUGAGUUCAAAUGGAUGGCUGUCGCCAGCUGUGGCCGCCAUGGAGCUGGCACAAAUGGUCACCCAGGCCAUGUGGAGCAAGGAGUCCUACCUCAAGCAACUGCCGCACUUCACCAGUGACAUUAUCAAGCGAUGCCAGGACAAGAAAGUGGACACAGUGUUUGACAUGAUGGAACUGGAGGACGAUGAUCGCAGCAAAUUGCUGCAACUGUCCGACGCGCAGAUGGCGGACGUUGCACGCUUCUGCAACCGCUACCCGAACAUCGAGUUGAGCUACGAGGUGCAGGACAAAGAUCGCAUCAGCUCGGGUGCCUCGGUCAACGUGCUAGUCUCACUAGAGCGCGAGGAUGACGUCACCGGCCCUGUUAUUGCGCCCUUCUUCCCACAGAAACGCGAGGAAGGCUGGUGGGUUGUGAUUGGUGAUCCGAAGGCCAACACUCUGCUCUCAAUCAAGAGGUUGACACUCCAGCAGAAGGCCAAAGUCAAGUUGGACUUUGUUGCUCCAAGUCCAGGUCAACAUUUCUAUGCGCUUUAUUUCAUGAGUGACGCCUACCUGGGUUGUGACCAGGAGUAUGAGUUGAAAAUCGAUGUUGGAGAAUAUGAAUCAGCCGAGAGUGAAAGUGAUUAGAUGAAAUAAUAGUUUAGAAGAUUGUAUAUAAUUUCAUGGGUGAAAACACAUUUUACUAAUUCCCCAACAAUAUAAUGUCUAGUUUAAGUUGUUUUAUAUCUGUAUUGAGUGUUCUUCUUGAUAGAAUAUAUUUAUUCCUCGAGA